GGAGUGGGGAGGGGAAAAGAAGAGGAUUCGGGUCUAGGCUACUCCCUUCUAGGGUUCGUAAUAUUCAUGCAGGAUAGUGGAGAAUCUGCUCAUCGCCCCGGAUUUUACCCCAGGUUUUGAAGCUGUAGAGCACUAUACCGAUUCGAGUAAGUAUGAUGUUGCAGCUCACCGGCGGAGCUCAGCGAACCACAGCUCGAGAUGUCACGCGAUGAGCACACCAUCCGUGUCUCGACAACACCUUACUGUAUUCCACCCCGCCCAAUCAUUACGAAAUCUAGUAGCAUGGAACUGCAUCAGCUGGUCGCCGAUCCAUUAUGGUUCCUCUAGCUAGGCCAGUAUAAGCUCCAAUUCGAUAUAUAUAAUCCCGUAUAUAUCACUUCUAGCAUCAAUCCAUCAUGGCGGAACCUCUCACCAGAGUAGACUCAGCCGUUCAAGGUCUCGAGCCUUCUUCGCCCGUGAAGGAGAAGGUCUCCCACCGGAGAACUAGCUCAAGUGUAGCUGGAGUCCAAAGCAUGAAAGAUCUGAAAACAAGCCAAACGGAGAUACAAGUAGCGAAAGAAUCUCAAGGAACGGGAUGGAAGAUCAACACAUCCCCUAUGACGGUUGAUGAUAAAGACAUCUUAAAGAAGCCAUUAAUAACACCACUCGUGAGAGCUGUUGACCUUCACUUCCAACAUGGCGUUGUUGUAACAGCGCGGAACCGGCAAGGCGUCACCAUCAAGGAUGCCAUGGACGCCAUACAUAAACCGAACAAGAAAAGAGCUGACGAUGAACUCUCCGAACCGUACCUGAAAGGAUUCGAGUGGUUACCGAAUCACCCCCAACUAAAAGACGACCCAGACAAGGCGGAAGAGCGGGAGGCGGAAUGGGAUCGACUAUACAUCCACCUAUCAUCAACGCCCGGCGUAUCAAGCUUCGGCGGUGGCAAGAAGAAGAAGAAUAAGAACAACAACGCUGACGCCGAAUAAUGGCCUCAUCGGUCUACAUGUCCUUGUCUUAUCCGAUACUUCCCGGAGCCGUUCAGCUCACUGUCUUCCCGCUCAAAAUCAUUCGAAGGCGUAUGGAAUACCUUGAUAGACAGCUUGGAUACUGUUUUGGAUAUUAUUAUCUAGUGUAUAACCUUCAUGACGUAGGUCUGGGACUUACCAUUGUCGACAUCUUUAUAGUAGUCCCAAUAUACAAUUGAAACUACUACUCAUCAUAC